AUGGUCCACAUACUGGGUGUUCACCUACCAGACAACUAUCUGGCGAGAAAUGAACAGUAUGCUCUGACAAAAUUCUACGGAGUCGGGCAGAAAACAGCACACAGGCUGUGUGCGCGUUUCCAAAUCCAUGACAAGUGUAAAGUCAAGGACUUGUCACCUUUCCAAGUCACUUCCCUCGCAUCUUUCCUAUCCUCGCCAGCAACCGCCCCACCACUCCCUCGCUACCCCCUCGCUUCGCCCGACUACGUCCCACCACCCCCCAACACACCCGUCUCCGAACUACAAGCCAAGUUCAAGGAAGCCCAGGCCCUCAUCGAGGCGAAGAAACUGGCUAAAAUAGAGCAAGGUGUCAAACUUGGGCCGGGCUACGUGGACCCGCUGAAGAAACUAAAGAUUGAAUCCGAGUUGAGGAGGGAGAUUCGGGAGAAUAUCCAACACCAGAGGAUGAUUGGAAGUUACGUUGGAAGGCGACACGCCAUGCACUUACCAGUCAGAGGACAGAAUACACAGUCCAACGCCGCGACGGCCAAGAAGCUCAACAGGCUCGACCGGUGGUAG